AUCGAGGCGCCACUACAGAUUAUUUAAAUACAAUAACAUUUCUUUACAUUUCCAGAUAAUUCUCCAGUUUAUAAGGUAAUCAUUUAUACAUUUGUAAUAUAUAUACUAUAUGAAUUGCAGCAGGGAAAGUACACAAAAAAUGUGUUAUGUAGUGGAUUGUUUUGAUUUAAGCUUCGACGACAAUGCUGUAGAGGCGCCACAUGAGUUUCCAGGGCACGCCACUUUAUAUGUAGUUCCAGCGACUUUCCAUCAUCGACAAUUGUUCACUGAUCGCAAGAGACGCCAAAUAGAUGGAAAGUGCGUCCGUCUUCUUCGUCCCCGGUCCCGCUUCCUUCCAACAACGUCUUUACGCAAGAAGGGGAAACACUGCGCUUAAGCGCUAAGCACUCUUCAACUUACUCUCAAGUUGAGUUCCUGUCGCUCUUCGCCUCUUCGUUUGCAGUUUAGGAUUUCUUUCUGGAAUGGAGCGGUUCGAGCUGAAGGGCAAACGGCUGGGCAGAGGUGCCGUGGAGUCGGGGCUUACACACGAGUGCGGAGUGUUUGGGGCCAUCGGCACCGGAGAUUGGCCCACCGAGCUGGACAUCUCGCAGAUCAUCUGCUGGGGUCUGGUCGCACUCCAACACAGGGGCCAGGAAUCAGCGGGGAUCGUGACGAGCGAGGGCAACUGCGCCAAGUCCUACCACGUGCACAAAGGCAUGGGAAUGGUCAGCAACAUAUUCAACGAUGAAGUCAUGAAGAAGCUGAAGGGUAAUCUGGGCAUCGGCCACACCAGAUACUCGACGUCGGCUGCAUCCGAAACCGUCAACUGUCAGCCCUUCGUCGUUCACACCGCGCACGGAGCGAUGGCCGUAGCUCACAACGGGGAACUGGUCAACUGCGACGAUCUCAGGAAAAUGGUUUUAGGUCGCGGCGUUGGUCUGUCCACGCAUUCGGACAGCGAAUUGAUCACGCAAGCCCUGUGUCUGAAUCCUCCGGAGGGCGAAAAGAACGGCCCCGACUGGCCGGCAAGGAUCAGACACCUCAUGGAGUUGGCACCGUUGAGUUACUCUUUGGUGGUCAUGAUCCGAGACAAGAUCUACGCUGUGCGCGAUCCAUACGGCAAUAGACCACUCUGUCUAGGCAAAAUUAUACCUGGAAACGAACGUUUGGACGGAGAUUGCGAUGAUAGCAGGAGCGCGGACGGUUGGGUGGUGUCUUCAGAGUCCUGCGGUUUUCUUUCCAUCGGUGCGCAAUACGUGAGAGAGGUAUAUCCCGGGGAGAUCAUCGAGAUGACGCGCGACGGUAUCAGAUCGAUAGACAUCAUCGAUAGGCCUCAGGACAAAUCGCAAGCGUUCUGCAUCUUCGAGUACGUGUACUUUGCAAGACCGGACAGCAUCUUCGAGGGUCAAAUGGUGUACAAUGUGCGGAUGCAGUGCGGCAAGCAGCUCGGUAUUGAGCAUCCGGUUGAUGCAGAUAUUGUUAGCAGCGUGCCGGAAUCCGGGACUGCGGCAGCGCACGGCUUCUCCAGACAGACGGGAAUUUCUUUCGCCGAAGUCCUCUGCAAAAAUAGAUACGUAGGGCGCUCCUUCAUCCAGCCCAGCAACAGACUCAGACGAUUAGCGGUCAACAAGAAAUUCGGUGCGCUUUCGGGUAAUGUUAAAGGGAAGAAGAUCAUUUUGAUUGACGACUCGAUAGUGCGUGGAAACACGAUCGGUCCCAUCAUCAAGUUGCUGAGGAACGCUGGCGCUAAAGAGGUGCACAUUAGGAUAGCAAGUCCGCCGCUGAUGUACCCAUGCUACAUGGGCAUAAAUAUACCGACGAGGGAGGAGCUGAUCGCGAACAGAAUGAACACGGAGGAACUGGCCAAGCACGUAGGUGCCGACUCUUUAGAGUAUUUGAGCGUGGAUGGGCUGGUAAAGGCUGUACGCUCGGACAUAGUGAGCAAGAGUCCGACGAAGGUGGGCCACUGCACGGCAUGCCUCACCGGCGAGUACCCGAACGGCGUUCCCACCCAGAUGGAUUGGUGAAACGAACAACAAAUUGCC